UGACUUAAAUAAGUGCUUCAAUAUUCAUUCGCCUUUGAAAGGCGUGUGACCGGUCGCGCAAGCGCUUAUCAUUUCUUGCUCUUUUUGGCGUUUAGGCGAUUGCCACUUUUCAUUCGAUGAUCAAGAAACGGCGCCGUACCGCGUUCAUAAUCCCCCUUCCUGCUUCUUUUGCCUUACUUUGGAAGUGUUCGCAACUAGAGUCUAUGUAUUGUUCUGGUUCUGUCACGAGCCUCAGUUUAGCCGAAAAAAUUCAUACAUUUAACGACUUUCUUGAUUUCUCAUCAAACUGUGAAAGCGUUGGAUCAUCAUGUGCUUGCUGAUUUACGUUCGAGGAGUUGAAUUUGUCUUGGGUUUACUGAAGGCUAUCUACCACGCACUGUAAUUGGCAGUUUAUAGUGGAUAAUUCCAUCAAUAUUCAAUGUCGGGAUAAAUGUACUCGUAUAUGCUGAUUCUAUAUGCAUAUUCGCGAACCGUCAAAUUUUCCUUGUUUUUCCCAAGUUUAUUCCUUGAUUAGUGCAUUGAAAUAUGUGUUUUAUGAGAAAAUGAAUAAGUGCGCGGUGUAUGUUCAGCUGUCACGCAAUGCUUGAAGAAUUGUAUGAACUCAACGUGAAUCUUCCUUGAAUUAACUACGGAAUUCAAAUUGAAUUGGAAGUGUGCAGUGGAAAAUUCUCAAUAUGCAUAACCGUGUGGCCGUAAUUCUUACGCUUUUCAUAGUGAUUUUUUUAUUCAACCAGGAGACUUUCAUCGUGUCUGCAGACCAGGAUGAGGAUAUUCCACAUAAUGAGGUCCGAAAUUGGGCACUGAAAUUUGGAGUGGAUGUUUGGGAGUUUGGUCGUCAGUUUACGAAUAUGAUUAACAUUAAGAAUAGAUAUAACGAUUACGAUGUAGAAGUUGUACGUAAGGAUGGAAUAGUGUUACUCAAGGACAUGGCAACCGAAGUAAAAAACUUUAUGGAUUUUAAGAAGAAUGCAGUUAUGCGAAUAAUGGACUCCGCAGAGCAAGCUGCACUUUCAGAUUCAGAUCGAGAAUCUCAACACACAUCGCCAACAUCGACAGUUUACGAUGCAAGACGAAUCAAUGAGUAUAAUUCAGAUGGCAGAUUAGCAGAAGGGGCGCGGCAUAUGGACUUACGAUUUAUGAGACGUUUUGAACGAUUGCCUGUAAAUUUAAGUAUAAGUUCGAUAUUAGUGCCAAAUGGAGUAGAUUUAAAUUCACCUGAAGUCAAAGCUUCUUUGGCAUGGAGCUCGCAUCUAGAUCCUUUAUUUGCAAAUAAUCUAGAAAGAGAUCCUGCGCUCUCAUGGCAAUAUUUUGGAUCGAGUUCCGGGUUUUUAAGGCGUUUUCCGGGAACAGCAUGGCCUCCUGAAGGUUCGAAAGGAAGUAAACAAAUAAAUGAUUUUCGUGCACAGAAUUGGUUUGUGCAGGCAGCUUCAUCACCUAAAGAUGUGGUUAUCCUUCUAGAAGCAUCGUCUGGAAUAUCAGAGACUAAUUUUGAAAUUAGCAUGACUGUUGCGUUUGCUAUUUUGGACACCUUAGGAGAGAAUGACUUCAUUAAUUUGGUGACAUUUGCGGAUGGUGUCACGUCACCCGUACCAUGCUUUCGAGAUAAGAUGGUAACAGCUACUCCAGACAAUAUUAAAGAGAUAAAAGAUGCCGUAAAGGCAACCAAACUGGAACAUAAAGUUAAUUUCACUGCUGGAUUGGAGUAUGCUUUCGGUUUGUUACAUAGGUAUAAUCAAUCUGGAAACGGCAGUCAAUGUAAUCAAGCAAUUAUGCUAAUUACAGAAGGAACGAGUGAACCGCAAGUAGAUGUCAUUAAACACUACAACUGGCCUCACAGACCGGUUCGAAUUUUUACAUAUCUUAUUGGACGAGACUCCAGCAGUAAAAGCAAUCUUUAUGAUAUGGCUUGUACAAACAAAGGCUACUUUGUCCAAAUCAACUCCCUUGAAGACGCUCGAGAGAAAGUUAUCGAGUAUGCGCUCGUAAUGGCUCGUCCUAUGGUCAUGUACCAACAAGACCAUCCUAUUCACUGGAGCCCUGUUUUUAUGGCCGGGAUGUCUAGCGGAUUAGGGCAAGAAAAUAAUAAUAAGAGACGUCUUGUUACAACAGUUUCAACGCCCGUUUUUGAUCGGAGGAAUUAUUCAAUUCGUGUCGCAAACAUAUUAGGUGUGGUUGGAACCGAUGUGCCGAUUGAGGAAAUUCAGAAAAUGAUACCUCAAUACAAAUUAGGAGUAAAUGGAUAUUCUUUCAUAAUAGACAAUAAUGGAAGAGUUCUUUAUCAUCCUGAUUUAAGACCAUUAAGUGAUAAUGGACAGUAUAUUGAUCAAUUGAAACCAAAGUAUUCGUCAGGAGACAUCACCGAGAUAGAACUACCAGACACUGAAUUUCAGGAUGAUCCCGAUUUACUGGAAGAGAACAAAAACCUGUUGCAUGACAUGCGUUAUGAAUGA